AUGGCGGCGGCCGCGCUCCUCCUCCUCCUGCUGCUGUGGCCGGCCGUGGUGGUGUCUGCCGCCGGGGAGGGGCGGCGGCUGCACACGCUCUUCUCGGUGGAGUGCGGCGACUACUUCGACUGGCAGGCGGUGGGGCUCCUCCACAGCCUGCGCAAGGCCGGGCAGCCCGGCGGCGUCACCCGCCUCCUCAGCUGCGCGCCCGACCAGCUCGCCUCCUACCGCGGCCUCCGCAUCGGCCACACUCUCCAGGUCCCCUCCUACAGCCGCCACCCCCGCACCGGCGACUGGUACCCGGCCAUCAACAAGCCUGCAGGGGUGGUACAUUGGUUGGAGCACAGUCCAGAGGCGGACAACGUCGAUUGGGUCGUGAUCUUGGAUGCAGACCAGAUUGUUAGAGGUCCUAUCAUUCCUUGGGAACUCGGAGCAGAAAAAGGCAAGCCUGUUGCAGCUUAUUAUGGGUACUUGAAGGGUUGUGAUAACAUCCUUGCACAGUUGCACACUGCACAUCCAGAAUUUUGUGACAAAGUUGGCGGAAUUCUGAUCAUGCAUAUCGAUGACCUAAGGGCUCUAGCCCCUCUGUGGCUGUCAAAAACUGAAGAAGUGAGGCAAGACAAGUCCCACUGGUCAACUAAUAUUACUGGUGAUAUAUAUGGCAUGGGGUGGAUCAGUGAGAUGUAUGGGUACUCAUUUGGCGCUGCAGAAGUAGGUCUAAGACACAAGAUAAAUGAUGACAUAAUGAUCUACCCAGGCUAUACUCCAAGAAUUGGCACUGAGCCACUUAUCCUGCACUAUGGUUUGCCAUUUAAAGUUGGAAAUUGGUCCUUCAGCAAGUUAGAACACCAUGAGGAUGGUAUAGUUUAUGACUGCAACCGCCUAUUUCCUCCACCUCCAUUCCCUAGAGAGGUUGAGGUGAUGGAAUCUGACCCAAAUGUGAAACGGGCCUUAUAUCUAAGCAUCGAGUGCAUUCACACAUUGAACGAAGGGCUUCUUUUGCAUCACACAUCUGUUGGCUGCCCGAAACCACAGUGGUCAAAAUACUUGAGCUUCCUUAAAAGCAAAAGGUUCUCGGAGCUUACGAAACCAAAGUACUGGAACAGUCUAAAAGUUGAAAACAAGUUGACUGUACAGCAUGUUGCAUUGUCCAAAAGCAGACAUCCAAAAAUACACACCCUUUUCUCAACCGAAUGUUCGUCGUAUUUUGACUGGCAAACUGUUGGGCUCAUGCACAGCUUUCGUAUAAGUGGUCAGCCUGGUAAUAUUACACGCUUAUUGAGUUGUACAGACGAGGAUUUGAAGAAUUAUAAGGGCCGUGACCUUGCUCCCACACAUUAUGUUCCAUCUAUGAACAGACACCCAUUGACAGGGGACUGGUACCCAGCAAUCAAUAAACCAGCAGCAGUUCUCCAUUGGAUUAACCAUGUGCAGACUGAUGCUGAGUUCAUUGUUAUCUUGGAUGCUGAUAUGAUCAUGAGAGGUCCCAUCACUCCAUGGGAGUAUGGUGCAAAACUUGGUCAUCCUGUUUCAACUCCCUAUGAUUAUCUCAUUGGGUGUGAUAACAUACUUGCAAAGAUACACACUCGCAAUCCAUCUGCAUGCGAAAAGGUUGGUGGUGUCAUUAUCAUGCAUAUUGAUGAUCUCCGACGUUUUGCUAUGCUGUGGCUGCACAAAUCAGAAGAGGUUCGUGCAGACAAAGAUCACUAUGCGACAAACAUUACUGGUGAUAUAUAUGCCUCUGGCUGGAUAAGUGAGAUGUAUGGUUACUCUUUUGCAGCAGCUGAGCUUAACCUGCGGCACAUCAUAAGGAGUGACAUAUUAAUAUAUCCAGGCUAUGUUCCAAUGCCUGGAGCAAAUUACAAGGUUUUCCAUUAUGGGCUGAGAUUUGGUGUUGGUGAUUGGAGCUUUGACAAGGCUGACUGGAGAAACGCUGAUAUUGUAAACACAUGUUGGGCCAAGUUCCCUGAACCACCUGAUCCAUCUGCUAUCACGAAAGGCGAUCAAAAUGCACGGGAGAGGGAUCUUCUCAGCAUCGAGUGUGGCAAGGCUUUGAACAAGGCCCUGUACUUACACCACAAACGCCGAAAUUGCCCUCGACUAAGCACCACCAUAGGCAGCAUCUCGAAGAAAAUGGAGGAAGUUUUAACCUCCAAUAAAUCAGAGAGAGUUACACAACGGUCGUCUACGACUACAAUUGGACGAAAUGUGGAGCACAUGGAUGUGACCAGGCAGCAGGCUGUUGAAAGAGCCACAGACACUGUAUCAGGUGUACAUAGAUCAAAGAGACUAGCCAGAUCAUCAAAGAUGUGGAUUUUUGCUGUUUGGGCAACAUCUGUAGUAGUUUUCUUACUGGUAAUCUCGAUGUUUUUCUCGGAACGAAGGAGAAGUAUUUCAAGAUCUAGGGCUUCCAGAAGCCAGAAGGCCCACAGUUUGACUAUAAAACAAACAGUAUGA